AUGAGCGUGAACCGUUUACCUCCUGUGAACACCCAUUUUCACGAGCAUCGACAUGUCAGCCCUGCCCCGUCCCAUGACCCCUCGGAUACGCAGUUUCUGCCAAAGAGGAGGGAUACAGAGAAGACCACAUACGUAUCCCCUGCUGUAGCCCGGCGGCCAACAUUCAAAAGGAAUUUCUCCAAACCCACCCAGUUCUUACUCCACUCGACAGAGCGCUCUUCAUUACUCCAUGGGAUACUUGAAGAUGACGAGUCCCGGCGCAUAUUUUAUUUCAUGAUAUUGAACCUCUGCUUUAUGUUGGUCCAGUCGACAUAUGGCAUUCUUACGGGUUCUCUGGGCUUGAUCAGUGACAGCAUACAUAUGUUCUUCGACUGCGUGGCCUUGCUGGUCGGGGUGUGCGCGGCGGUCAUGAGCAAAUGGCCUCCCAGUCUCAAAUUUCCAUACGGCUAUGGAAAGAUUGACACUCUGGCAGGGUUAGGCAAUGGCAUUUUCUUAAUGCUUAUUAGCAUUGAGAUUGUCUACGAAGCAAUUGAGCGUCUGUUCUCAGGUGCCGAUGUCAGUCGAACUGCCGAGCUGCUUGUGGUCAGCACCAUUGGUUUGUUUGUGAACCUAGUCGGCAUUUUUGCUUUCCACGGCGCCCACGAUCACGGGCACGGGCAUGAUCAUGGAGGUCACAGCCACGGCCAUGCUCAUCAUGGCCACAAUCAUAAUCAUGACCAUGACCAUGAGGACAAACACGGUCACAGCCACCACGAAAUAAUUGGAGCCCCGAUGACCGCUUCGGCCUCACCCAUGAAAAACAAACAGGGAGUGGCAAGCGACCACCACCAUGGCGGGGAAAAUAUGCAAGGCAUAUACCUUCACAUCAUGGCCGACGCGCUUGGCUCUCUGGCAGUCGUGGCAUCUACCCUUCUUGUCCGCUGGACCGGUUGGAGUGGGUUUGAUCCGCUCGCAUCAUGUAUUAUCGCCGUUCUCAUCUUUGCGUCAACCAUCCCUCUUGUCACCUCAACGACCAAAAUCCUCUUGUUAUCACUCAACUCCGACAUUGAAUACAAUCUUCGAGACAUCCUCAGUGGUGUGGCGGAAAUCCGCGGCGUGGUAGGCUACACGGUGCCCAAGUUCUGGCUCGAGGAUAUCAAGAAAGAAUCCGGACAUCACCACCAUCAUGGCCAUUCCCAUACACACGAUAGCCAUUCACAUGGGCAUUCUCACUCUCAUAAAGGCAGUGAUGGCAAAAGGUGUGACGGCGAGAAUUCCGACCCUACGGUAUUGGGUGUGAUCCAUAUCAUCGCCUCACAGACUGCAGAUCUAGACGACGUCAGGGAGCGGGUCUCGAUGUAUUUACGACAGAGAAAAAUGGAUAUCGUGGUCCAGGUAGAGAGAGACGGGGAGCAACGUUGUUGGUGCGGCGGGGGACAGAAGAGCCCUCAAGCGUGA